AUGUAUCUCUCAAUCCCAAUCCUUUCAUUUGCGGCCACUCUUCUGGGAGCAGUCUCUGCCGCUCCUCUAGAGGCACGAGCGGUCUCCAGGACCUCUGCACCAUCAGGUGCUAUUAUUGUCGAUGCAACCGGCGAAACAUCAGGAUCAUACGACACAUUUCAAAAAGGAGUGAAUGCCCUCUCCACCACUACCACCACACCUCAAUAUCUCUUCAUCUACCCUGGAACCUAUACCGAACAAGUAUAUGUCCCAGCACUCAAAUCCAACCUCACAAUCCAGGGGUAUACUACAGAUGCAAGCACCUAUGCUGGUAACCAAGUCACUUUGACUUACAACCUUGCACUCAAAGACACUACCUCCGAUGAUUUGACAGCUACUUUACGUCAAUGGAACAAGAACACCAAGGUCUACAAUCUCAUUAUUAAGAACACAUUCGGACAUGUCAAUACCAACGGUCAAAAUCUUGCUAUCUCUGCCCGAUAUUAUGCUACCCAAUUCAUCGGAUACCAGGAUACUAUUCUUGCUAACACCGGAACUCAACUCUAUGCCAAAUGUCUCGUCGUCGGUGCCAUCGACUUCAUCUUCGGUCAAACCGCUCAAGCCUGGUUCGAGAACAACGACAUCCGCACCAUUGCCGCCGGAUCCAUCACUGCAUCCGGACGUGCCUCUGACAGUAAUCCAUCUUGGUAUGUGAUCAACAACUCGAACAUUCAAAACAUCGAUUCCAGCGUCACCACCUACAACAACUACUUGGGACGUCCAUGGCAAAACUAUGCCAGAGUCGUUUUCCAAAACUCUUACUUGGGAAACAACAUCAACGCUGCUGGGUGGAGUGUUUGGAGUAGCUCUACCGCUAAUACUGAGCAUGUUGUUUUUGAAGAAUAUGGCAACACUGGACCUGGUUCCAAUUCUUCUGAAGGACCAAGAGCAAACUUCAGUUCCUCCAUCAGCAACGCCGUUCCCAUCACCACCGUUUUGGGAAGUGCUUAUUUGAACGAAUGGUGGGUUGACAGCAGUUAUUUGUAA